GCUGCGGAUGUGGGUCUCUCUAAGGUGUGCAGCGGCGCAGCGAACCAGAGGCGCGGAGCACAAUCCCAGGCAGACAUCCGGAUUAGACUUUGAACUUGGUGCUGCCUAGAAAACACUCUGCGUGCAGAGAUAACGCUGAAACUCGGCAAAAGGAGCCGAGCCCCCGAAGCACAGUGCCCGGGAUCGCAAGCCGACCGCCUGCGAUGGUCCGAGCCGUUUGGCUGCUGCUGCUGCCGUGCCUACUGGGGGCAGGACUGGAGGUGGCUGCCCGCCGCAGCCGCCGGGAGCUGAGCCCGGGGUUGCACCGCGCCGGACUCCGGGACCCUCAGGGGAUAUACUGCCGGCGCCUGGGCUCCUGCUGCCCCGACAGGGACGACGCCUGCACCGUGCCUUACAUCGACACCAUCUGCUACUGCGACUUGUUCUGUAACAGAACCGUGUCGGACUGUUGCCCGGACUUCUGGGCGUUCUGUCUCGGCAUCCGGCCUCCUUUCCACAGCAGAGACGAGUGUGUGAGGAAUGGGCUGCUUUAUCCCGCUGGAGCGACCUACAGAGAGAACUGCAAUCUGUGCACCUGCAGCAGUGGUCACUGGGACUGUGAGCAGCAUGCUUGUCUCAUCAAUGAAGAAUUGAUCCGCAGCAUCAACCAUGGAGACUAUGGAUGGAAAGCUUCGAAUUACAGCCAGUUCUGGGGAAUGACUCUGGACGAAGGAAUCCAGUACCGGCUGGGUACCAGACGGCCCUCCAGCACCGUGCUGAAUAUGAACAAGUUGAAUAUGGACAUGGACAGCAAUGGCGUCCUGCCCAAGCAUUUCAAUGCCGCCGAUAAAUGGCCAGGAUUGAUCCACCAGCCCAUGGAUCAAGGCAACUGUGCAGCAUCGUGGGCCUUUUCCACAGCAGCCGUGGCCUCUGACCGAAUCGCCAUCCAGUCCAUGGGCCACGUGAGAGCGGUCCUGUCGCCGCAGAAUCUGAUCUCCUGUAACCGGCACAAACAGCAGGGCUGUCACGGCGGCCGCAUCGACGGUGCCUGGUGGUACCUGAGGCGGCGCGGGGUGGUGUCGGACAGCUGCUACCCUUUCUCCAGCUCGGACAGCCUUCACCUCGGCUCCCGGUGCAUGAUGUCCACGCGGUCUGCCGGGCGGGGCAAGAGGCAGGCCACAAUGCCCUGUCCCAACCCUGACAGCCACACCAACCAGAUCUAUCAGACUACUCCACCCUACCGCCUCUCCAACAACGAGAAGGAAGUGAUGAAGGAACUGAUGGAGAACGGGCCUGUCCAAGCCUUGAUGGAGGUACAUGAGGAUUUUUUUGUGUACAGAAGUGGCGUUUACAGGCACACCCCGGUGAUGGCAGAAAAACCGGAGAAGUUUCGUAGACAUGGGACACACUCCGUUAAGAUUAUGGGAUGGGGUGAAGAGCAUGGACCCAAUGGACAGAUCCAUCAGUACUGGAUUGCUGCCAACUCCUGGGGGAUGAACUGGGGGGAGAACGGAUACUUCAAGAUCGCCCGGGGUGAGAACGAGUGCGACAUUGAGACCUUCAUCCUCAGUAGCUGGGGACGAGUGACCAUGGAGGAUGUACAUCGCAAGUGAGAACCCAGACUUCCUGUCUGUGGCCCAAGGACGCUGAACUGUCUCCAGUUUGGAAAAGACCCCUUCACCAAGCUAACCCCUUUUCCUCAAUCUGCAAUCUUCGGUAUCCAACAACAGUGACAAACGGACCAUAAUCAGCAGGUCAUGUACGUCAGUACAUGUCAGGACAGAGCUCAUGCAUUACCCAGAAAGAGACACAUGUAUGUGAAUCUGUUCUUUCCAGCAAUAAUGAGCCACAAGAUGUUGUGCUGCACUUAGAUGGUGUGAGUGACAGUGCUGUGGGAGAGUAUCUGAGUGGGAGUGCCUUCAGCCAUUACAGCCCCAGUAUCCAUGGCGACUGGAAGUGUCACAUAUUCAGACCCUCCUGCCUCCCUGGUCUAGCUAACGGCUGAACUUGGGAACAGUGGGAGACUCUCCCUGAUGGUUCGGUUUGGCGAUGUGACGCAGUGCUGUGGGAGUGGUGUUCAGAAAGUGCCCCGGAGGGUGGUGAUAGGGAUUAGAUGACUAACUGUGUCUCGUGUACAUAGACACGCGUCAAUGACUAACACAAUCCAAGGUUGUGCGAGGGAAGGGCGCAGCCCGCAAGUGUCGCCGUUCUUCCAGCGCCAACAUAGCAUGCCCACAGCGUACUAACCCUUAUUAACAAAGCGUAUCUUUGGAAUGUGGGAGGAAAUCGGAGGAGCCAGAGGGAAACGACACAGAUCCCAGGGUGAACGUACAAACUCCUUACGGACAGUGGGAGAAUUGCUGGCGUUGUUACGCUAACCACUACACUACCAUGCCGCAGAGAGUGUCUCUGAACUGUCGCUCCCGCAGACAGGAGUCUCACAGCCGCCGGUCGUGAUUCUGAUUCAAAUCCGGACUUUGCGCUUGUGAAUAAUUGCCAUUUUUAUACACUCCUUUAAAGCCUAAAACCUGCAGCAGCGUAAACGCCUGCAAACACAAUGAAUUGCAGGCUCAGGACAGGCUGUGAUUUAUAAACCAGUCAGGGUAAAAAAUUUGGCAGGAAAGCAGGAAGGCAAGGAAUGUGGAGCAAUGUCAGGAGCAGAGGUUUGGAGUACAAAUCGGGAAUGAUCUAAUGAAAAGGGGAAUGAUCUUCAGGAUGUGAUAUCCCUUCACCAUUCCAGGGGCUUCUGCACAACCUGGCUGAUAACAGCCAGGGGCGUCAGCAACUGACAACAGAGGAGACGAGACUUACGGAAAGCCGCCAAGGAGAAGGAACUUUGUUUGUACUCCGUGCAGAGAUGGUAUGGGGAGGUGUUGAUGAAAUGGUCCGGCACUAGGAAGGUUUUCUGAUGUCUGGGUCCAGGAUUAAAGUAAAUGGCAAUGCAGAGCAAUGAGGGGAAAUUUGCAAAUAGUAAGAAAAAGCACUGUCUGAGGGAAAAUUCAACAAAGCUUUCAAAAAAUUAGAUAAACACUCCAAAAAGGAAGCUCUUGCAGGGGAUUUGGGCUAAUUGGAUGGCACUUUCAAAGACACACGGGUUCAAACUGCACCCUCCUGUUCUGCAAGAUGUCAUGACAGGCCAAUGUGAUUUGGGACAGAGCAUGAUGGCGGAUGGAGUAACAUCUAAUUUUGACUAUUCCAAAACUACGCCCAGUGGAUCUCGUCCGCUCUUGCUUGGUUUCUAGACAAUCAGGUUUGUGUAUUUAUGGCAUUUUCCAUAAGUUUUGUGCUUUGCUGAAUGAAAAUAUCUAUUAUAAAUGUCAAAAUAAAAAUAUAGUUCAAAUGUAGCCGAUUGUCAAUAUGUUUGUGUGACCUCUUGUUUGUAUGUUUAAACUCAAUAAAGUGCAGAAAAGA